AUGCUACGUACAUCCUCAGCGGCCUCCGUCACCUUGAGUCAAGCCAACAGCACGGUUGAUGCGGCAGCGGUCUCACAGAAGAUGGUAGAGGCACUCAGCUUGGCAGCCGAUGUGUUGGAACCCUCUGAAGAGAGUCUUACCAGUUUCGGCACAGUGGUGAGCCACGGUCUCAAGAGCGAGCUCUUCGGGAAUGACAUCCCAGGGGUGUCCAGUGCACUGGACGUUGUGCUGGAUGCAUCGUUGUCCUUCGAAGGUGCAAAUCAGCCCGCUGGGACGUCGCUGCUGACGGCGGUGGCGGACGUGUCGGACCGCCUUGCCGUGGACGGCAGCCUCUCGGCCGUGUCUCAUGCGGCCUAUGCCUCGAAGCUGCAGGUUCUUGUUUCAAAGCUCGGGAGUGCUGUGCUGUUGCAGCUGCCAGAUGGGGGCGCGGUCCAGAUCUCAUCGAGAGGGCUCGGCCAGCGGGUGGAGAUUUUGGUCCUCAAGGAGGCCACAAGCACCGCCACAGAGCUUGGCCUUUCGUCAGGAGAUGUGCAGGUUCCGGGCUCGGCGUUGGUCGGAAGACGCCUCGCUGAGUGCAACUCUGUCGCGACGCAGACCACUAGCUACGUGAACAGCAAUCCGUUCACGUACUUGGACUCCAGUUUGGGUCUGAAUGCGUUCGUCAAUUUGGGCGCCACGGUGACAACAUUGGAGAUCAAGAAGUGCCUCUCCGUGGUCACCAAAUCCGCCUUGGACCCGCCCAUCGCCCUGCGCCUCCCCCUGAACCCAAGCAUCGGAAGCCCGCCAGAAGGAUUUACCUUCGAGCCCGCUUGCGUUCGGCUGGACAAGCAGCAAGCCACGCAGCAGGUGUGGACCACGGCGGCUAUGACUUGGCUGCUUCCAGCGGUAUAUGCAGCUACAUCCAUCGAGUGCUAUGCGACUGCUGCAGGUGGUGUUUAUGCAGGAGUUUUUCUCCCAACACCUCUGCCAACUGAGCCGGCGCCGACUUCGACCUCAAGUUCCACCACUUACACCACCCCCGUUUCAGGAUCUGCCAGGCGCAGACAGCGCCAACGCCGCAGUGCCCGGCUUGAUCAUUGCGGGGCUGGCCCUGGUGGUUGCCUGCACAGCUUUGGCUUGUCAGGUGCAACGCAACGUUCGGGUCAAACCAGCCAAAGACUCUGA